AUGAUUAUCUACACUGACGUUUUCUGUGGUGACGAGCUCCUCUCCGACGCCUACGACGUGAAGGAGAUCGAUGACGUUGUCUACGAGGUUGACUGUUCCAUGGUUCAGGUCAAGGCCGGUGCUGAUGUCGACAUUGGUGCCAACGCUUCCGCUGAGGAGGCCGAUGAGGCCCUCGAGGACGGUGUUGAGGUUGUCAACAACGUCGUCUACUCCCUCCGUCUUCAGUCCACCUCCUUCGACAAGAAGUCCUACAUGACCUACAUCAAGGGUUACAUGAAGGCUGUCAAGGCUCACCUUCAGGAGAAGAACCCUGAGCGUAUCGCUGCCUUCGAGAAGGGUGCCGCUACCUUCGUCAAGAAGGUUCUCGGUAACUUCAACGACUACGAGUUCUACACCGGAGAGUCCAUGAACCCCGACGGUAUGGUUGUUUUGUUGAACUACCGCGAGGACGGUGUUACCCCUUUCCUUACCUACUUCAAGGACGCUCUGGCCCAGACCAAGGUGUAA